AUGGUUAUUUUUGAGGAAUACGUAUGUGCCCAAGAAAACGAUGCCUAUAGAUAUGCAUGGAAGAAUUAUGUUGAGGACGACUUGGUCGGGCAAAACAUAUUUGUUGCUUAUGUCAGUCGAAGUUAUUACUACUACAAUAAUGGCACAGACAUAGCUGAUCUGCUCAUCAAUUACUGGGCAAACGAACAUGGGUUGUGCGAUCAGACCGCAAAACCUUCGCCAGUAAAUAUGAAAGCAACAGGACUAAGCGUUUCGUAUGUCUUGAUGGCCCUUAUGACCCUGUUCCUCUGGACUGGAGCCGAAGCAAUGGCCGAAAGUAAAAAACUGCCGCCGCCAUCAAAGCCGCAAUCACCUGCAGGUGGCCAUUCUCCAAGAGCUUCUACACGACAGUACAGGAGAAACUCCUCACCCAGAGAAGAACCCCGUUCACGUCCAAUUGGAUAUCUGCCUGGCGGCCAGCUAAGACACAACCCAGCAUAUGUGAAUAGCAUUCGUGAACGCAAUGCACUCCGUAGUAAUUCUCGUAAUUCACAUUAUGCUUUUCCACGCUCUGGAGGCUCUCGACGUUGAAAGUUGCAUCUUACAAUAGCACCAGCA